CCGCAGGUUAGUAUAUGUAGCAAAUCUAACACCAAUCUGACCAUGAAGGCAUGAACGACGGCAACUCUAGAAUCACUAUCUCCAAUGGCCCAUUCUUCCCUGAUUCCUGACGGCAAAUCUACACCUGGCUGACCAGUGGCCCUAGCUGGCACUAACCUGUAACCACUGUACCUAACUCAACACUCAAACUCCUUCGCCGUGAACGUGCUCGGUCCGGUGGCGCUGUAUUAGCCCACAAGGAGUUUGCUGCAGAAGUCCCCGACCAAGCCCAUUUUUGCGUUCAUGGGGUCCAAGGCUGGUACCAUUGGACGACAACCUCCAGUCCGGAACGCGCUCUACGGACCUACCAAGACGGCCGUCGCAUGGUACGGCAAGCGGGUCAACUCUGAGGACGAGUGGCUGAACGCGUUUGUGUUGAUCCCUGGCUGGUUGCAGACCGAUAUGGGCAACACGGCUGCGAACGUCUUUGGGGUUAAAGAAGCGCCUGUCGCCCUGCAAGACUCUGACAAUGGCAUGGUCAAUGUGCUCACCACGGCGACCAAGGAGAAGUACGGCGGCAAGGUAGUGUUGUACACCGGCGAGGUCCAGGACUGGUGACGAAGCAGAGCAUGACGUUGUGCUCACGUUCCCUGAUGGAAGGGGGUGUUGUCCGUGUAAAUGCGAUCCUCUUCCUGUGGCUUCAACAUGGUAAUGUCAUGAUUGAGAUUACGCCCUUACAGUAUUCCAAGUCAAUAUCUCGCUUCGAUAACAGUUAACACACACGGUCUCUGAUUCUGUCAGACACAUGCAGUCAUGAACGUUCUGGUGUAUGAAGGUAAACAGGAACAUGA